AUGCAGAAAUUGGGUAUCCCAAUUAAUGUUUUCAUAUUGAAUAUCAUGAUUAAUAGUUAUUGUCUGAUGCAUCGUUCUGAUUGUGCAUUUUCGGUGUUACCCAUUUACUUAAAGAAUGGCAUUCCAUUUAGUGUUGCCACCUUUAACACUCUAAUAAUGGGAAUCUUUGCUGAAAAUAAGGUUAAAGAUGCAGUUGAAUUGUUCAAAAAAUUGGUGAGAGACAAGGUUUGUGAGCCUGACGUAGUCAUGUAUGCAAUUGUCAUGAAUGGGCUCGGCAAAAGGGGUCAUACUCAAAAAACUGUAAGUUUUCUCCGGUUAAUGGAACAAGGGAGCACUAAGCCCAACAUAUAUAUCUACAAUAUUGUUAUAGAUUCCCUUUGCAAAAACAGAAGCUUAGAUGCUGCUAUCACUCUUUUGAAUGAGAUGAAGCAGAGAGGUAUUCCUCCAGAUGUAGUCACAUAUAGUUCAUUAAUUGAUGGUUUGUGUAGGAUUGAUCAGUGGGAAAAAGUUAAGAUUUUGUUCUCUGAGAUGGUGAACCAUAAUAUUUAUCCAUAUGUGCGCUCCUUCACUAUACUAAUAGAUGGACUAUGCAAAGAAGGAAAAGUCGAAGAUGCCAAGGAAGUAAUGGAACACAUGGUCGAAAAGGGUGUAGAGCCUGAUAUAAUCACCUACAGUGCGAUAAUGGAUGGAUAUUGUUUGCGUGGUCAAGUGGAUAGUGCGAGGAGAAUUUUUGAUACCAUGAUAGAACCAAUAACUGAUUUUAACUUACAAAUUGAUACCAGAACAAUCUUCUUGCUGGUUUCUGAAGUCGUAGUUACAUCAUUGGUAAACCGUAAAUGGAAUGCUAGAACUGAUAAGAUCAACCCAAUCCUUACCAGGGGAUGA